AUGGGUUUCGGGAACCUUGCAGACUACCCAAGGCUGCUUGUGGCUGCCAAUCCCUCGCGACUAGAAUUGGGAACCCUCUUUGUUGGCCUGGCGUCUGCAAUUGGAUCGGGUGUCCCUUUCCCCAUCAUUGGUAUCAUUUUCGGCCAACUGAUCGAUGAUUUCAACGCUGUGACCUGCGAGGAAACCGCCAGCUCCUCGGGAGGUGACUCCAGCGAUCAAUCAGACAUCAAUGGCAAAAUUCUGCUGAUCGUGUACCUGGGCAUUGCUCAAUUCGUUUUAAUCUACCUUCACCUACUAUGCUGGACGAUGACCGGUGCGCGCCUGGCGCAGCGACUCCGCGAAAGAUAUCUCCAGAACCUGCUCCGACAAGAACCAUCUUUUUUUGAUAACCUGCCCGCCGGAGAAGUUGCCUCUCGACUCAACACUGAUAUCCAAACAAUUCGCUCCGGUACAGCUGAGAAGGUCGGAAUCUGUAUCUCGAGUUUCUCCUUUUUCGUCACCGCAUACAUUGUUGCAUUUAUCAAAGACUCCAUUCUUGCCGCGAUGCUGCUUUCCUUGAUCCCCGCAUACUUCAUCAUGUCAUUUGUUGGAAGUUAUUAUAUCGAGAAAUACACCGGGCGCAUGUCGGAUUAUGCUGCAUCCGCUGCGUCGAUUGCUUCCGAAGCGCUUAACAACAUUAUUGUGGUGCACGCUUUUGGUGCGAACGGUCGUCUGGAGGAGAAGUUCUCUAAGGCACUGAAGGACUCGGAAACCGAAGGAUUGAAAAAGGCCACUGCCACUGGUAUUCAAGCUGGUGUCUUGUAUUUCGUCGCAUAUGGAGCGAAUGGUCUUGCAUUCUGGCAAGGAAGUAAGCAGAUCGCCGCGGCAGUACGUACUGAGUCGGCGGGUGCCACUGUCGGAUCUGUUUUCACGGUUAUCUUUGUCUUGGUUGAAGCUACCCUUCUUCUGAGUCAAGUUGCGCCGUUCAUCCACUUGUUUACACAGGCUGUUGCUUGUUACCACAAGCUGCGUGACGAUAUUGAGCGUGUAUCCUUGAUUGAUGGAUACUCUGACGCGGGCAUUCGCCUCACCCAGGCGGAGGGCGGAUUUGAAUUCAAGGAUGUCUCUUUCAUUUACCCCUCCAGGCCCGAGAUCACUGUUCUUAACAAGAUCAAUCUCUCCAUUGCUCCCAAGAAGCACACAGCCAUUGUUGGCCUUUCUGGAAGUGGAAAGUCCACUAUCGCAGGUUUGGUUAUCCGCUUGUAUGAUGCCACAGAAGGUGAGAUCACUUUCGAUGGCCAGAAUAUCCGCGAUGUCAAUACCCGUGACCUGAGAGGAUUCCUCAGUCUUGUGCAGCAGGAGCCCUCCCUUCUCGACCGAUCCCUUUUGGAGAACAUCGCACACGGCUUGGUGAACUCAAGCAAACCAGCCCAUGCACACCUGAAAACAGCACUCCUCGGAACCGACCUCUCUGAUCUAGCCACUGAAGUCAGGGAUGGUCAGGAUCUUAUGACCGCAGCAGAGAGACGGGGCCCAGAAAUCGUCGAAAUCGUUCAAUUGGCCCGCCAGGCUGCUGCGCUUGCCGAUGCGGAUGGCUUUAUCGAAGCAUUGCAGUAUGGGUACGCCACGAUGGUUGGCUCUAGUGGUCGACUCAUCAGUGGUGGUCAGAAGCAACGAGUCUCUCUUGCCCGUGCCCUUGUCAAAGAUCCUGCCGUGCUCAUUUUGGACGAAGCCACCGCUGCUCUGGAUUCACGAAGUGAACAGCGUAUCCAGCGGGCUAUCAACAACAUUUCAACUGGUCGAACUGUCAUCACGAUUGCUCAUCGUCUGUCAACUAUCACAAACGCUGAUAAGAUUGUCUGUAUGCACAAGGGAGAUAUCUUGGAGGAGGGAAGCCACGCGGAGUUGAUGGCUGGGAAUGGACCUUACUCUGAGCUGGUCAAAUUGCAGACUCUCGGAGCCUCAUCCGCAUCCAACAAGACUGACACCACUGCCAGCAUUGAGAGCGUCAGCAAGUCCGAUACUACCUCUAUUACCGACGUCGGAAAUGAGAAGGGAAGUCUUUCAAAUGACCUGGAGCCCACAAAGCAAACCCGUGUCUCAACCACCGAAGCACCAGCUGGAGACUCCGACGAGGAGGAAGAGGAAGAGCUUGAGACCCCGGUCAAAUCAGUGUGGGCUCUUUGCAAGGGCUAUGCACCAGCUCUCAAGCCCCAUUUGCUCGUCAUUUUCGCUGCUCUUUUCGGUUCCAGCAUGGUCGGCGGAGCCUUCUCUGGCGAAGCCGUUAUUUUCGGAAACACGGUCGGAAGUUUGAACCCUUGUCAUAGUGCAGCCAGUAUCAGCGACCGGGGUAACUUCUACGGUCUGAUGUUCUUCGUUCUUGCGAUUAUCGAGUUCUUUGCAAACAUCGUCAGCUGGGGAGGAUUCGGCCUUGUCUCCGAGAAGAUAGUCUACAAAGUGCGAGUCCUGUCAUUCCGGUCACUGUUUGAACAAGAUCUCCAGUGGCAUCAGUCUAAGGGCCGAUCGCCUGCCCUACUUCUGUCCUAUAUCACCCGAGAUGGUAAUGCCCUUGCCGGUAUGAGCGGAUCUGUCAUUGGCACCCUCUUCUCUAUCAGCGUUAACCUCGUCGCUGCCAUUAUUCUGACCCACAUUAUUGCCUGGAGAAUUGCCUUGGUUUGCCUUGCCCUUGUUCCCCUUCUGCUCGGAGCUGGUCUAAUGGAGCUGAUGGUCCUCGGCAAAUUCGAGGAGCGUCAUGAAAACGCCUACACUAAGUCUGUCGACAUCGGCGUGGAAGCAGUUACCUCUAUCAAGACAAUCGCCUCUCUUUCCCUUGAAGAAAACACUCUGAAGACCUACCGACGAUCCCUCAAAGGACCCCGCAAGGAGACAUUCAAGGUUACGGUGCAGGCAAGCUUGUGGCAAGCCAUGACCUACUUCCUAGGUAACAUGGUGAAUGCUCUGGCAUACUGGUGGGGUUCCAAGCAGAUCAUCAACGGCAACUACACUCAGACCCAGUUCCUGAUUGUUGUCUUCUCUCUCCUGGUCAGUGCCCUGCUUUGGAGUCAGAUGUUCGCGCUCGCGCCCGAGCUUUCUGCUGCGCGAUCGGCAAUGUCCAGAAUCCUUGGCCUGAUCGAGAUCGGCAAGGACAAGAUGGAUGCCCGCCUCACACCACCCAACAACAAGGAUGUCGAGGCAAUUGAAGAGAAACCCACCUACAACUCUGGCAGCUCGGCCUCGAGUGUGCAGCUCCGUGAUGUCCACUUCUGCUACCCUGCCCGGCCGGACAUGAAGGUGCUGAAGGGCCUGAAUGUUGAUAUUCGCCCCGGCAAGUUCUGUGCCCUAGUUGGACCCAGUGGUGCCGGUAAAUCGACUAUCAUCUCCCUGGUCGAACGUCUGUACACACCUGAAUCUGGCUCUAUCGUGAUCGACGGUGUUGACGUGACCAAGACCUCGGAUGUCACCUUCCGUGACUGGAUUUCCCUGGUGCCCCAAGACAGCGUCCUCUUCGAGGGAAGCAUCGAAUUCAAUGUUGGUCUCGGUGCCCGACCGGGCCACAAUGUGACACUUGAAGAAAUCCAAGAGGCUUGCAAGCUCGCAAACAUCCACGAUGUUAUCACUUCAUUGCCCGAUGGCUACCAGACUCUCUGUGGUCCGAGUGGUAACCAGUUCUCUGGAGGCCAGAAGCAGAGAUUGUCCAUCGCUCGUGCUCUCGUUCGCAAACCCAAGCUUCUCAUUCUUGAUGAAUCGACCAGUGCUUUGGACGCUGAAUCCGAGAAGCUCUUGCAGGAUGGUUUGGAAAAGGCCGCACGGGGAAUCACUGUCAUUGCCAUUGCUCACCGUCUUCACACUAUCCGAAAAGCCGAUAUCAUUUUCUUGAUCGAUGGUGGUGUGUGCACUGAUUCUGGAUCUCAUGAUGAGUUGCUCGAGCGGUCCGACAGUUACCGAGCAAAUGUCAUGCACCAGACAGUGGCGACUUGA